AUGACCCAAAACACCACCACCACACCCAUAACCCCUCCCCCUCCCCCUCCAAUACGACCCCUCUCCCGAACAAAAACAGGCUGUCUCACCUGCCGCCGGCGCAAAAAGAAAUGCGACGAGCGCCGUCCCUUCUGCACCGGCUGCCACCGCAACAACAUCAUAUGCCAAUGGUCGUCGCCCAGCGCCUCACAGUCACAGUCACAGUCACAUCUAAUCCCCCGCCCCCGCCGCCAUCGCCGCCGCCAGGCCGACAAGCCUCUCCUCCCGGGCCAAGCCCAAGGCAUGGUGAACGUCUUCUCCGUCCUCACCCCGGACAUUGUGUCGCGGCUGCUGCGGCAUUUCCUUGACGCCAGCCCGAGGUGGUUGUCGACGAGGACGGGGGCCCAGCGGACGGGGUAUUUGAGGUGGCUGGCGCCCGCGCUGCAGGGGAGUUGUCUGGUGAGGGGGUGCGUGCUGGCGAUUGCGUCGGCGGAUCUGCUGAAGUAUUGUCGCGGCGAUGGUCAGGUUUAUCGUGCUGCGGUGGAAUUUUAUGGGCAGGCGGUUGCGGGGAUUAGGGGGGCGGUUGAGGGGGAGAUGGAGGGGUCUGGUUCUGAUUCUGGUUCUGAUUAUACCACCCUCUCGGUACUUUUGCUGUGUCUGCACGAGACUCAAAACUUCACCAACCGCGAGAGAAUCCUCCCCCAUCUCAACGCCGCGGCUUUCCUUCUCCAGAACCGCAUCUCCAGUGGCAACGGCGACAGCAUGGACCCCGCGCUGAGGGGCUUUCUAUUCGAAAUGUUCUGUUACUUCUUCCCCUUGGCUGCCUUCUCCCUCGGGCCCAAGUUAUCCAUUUCGCUUUCCUGGGCCGAUCGCAUCUUCGCCUCUCCGUCCGUCAUGGCAUAUAUCCGGAACGGCCACAUCAUGGGGACUUCGCAGCACCUGUUUAUUGCGAUUUACCGCAUCGCUCUUCUGGGUCAGAAGUUGGUGUCUGGUCAACCUGACCAGGUUUCUGCAGCGAGGAGAGAGCUCAUCUUGCUGGACCGGGAACUUAUAUCCCGUCAGACGGACUUCACCCCCACAGAGUAUAGUAUGGAUCUUGACCAGCUCAGCGACGCCAUCACAUCAGCCCUAUACAGCCUAGCCUGUCGCAUCCACAUCAAACGACUUCUCCUUCUUGCCCCAUCCCAACCCGAUACCGAGAACGAAAAUGAAGAUGCAGAAGAAGAAGAAGAAGAAGAAGAAGAAGAAGAAGACAGCCUCGCCGCAAUCCAAUCCCUAGUCACGGAAUUCAUCCACACCCUCCACCACCUCCCCCCCGAUUCGCCCUCCCACAACAUCAUGAGCUGGCCACUCGUCGUGGCGGGCUUUUCUGCCAGCAGUGCCGCCCAUCAGCGCAUCAUCGCCGCGAAACUGGAUAUCAUAUACACGGAGUGGCAGUCUGCUAUAUUCUCGAAAGGCGCGGCGUUUCUGCGCGAGAAGUGGAGGGGAGAUAGGCGGUCAACAGUAGUUGCGAAUCAAGAGCCUGUCACGUGCACGGGUCUAUCCGCCCGCGAUGAUUCCAUCGCCAUUCGCCACUACCGACUAACGACCCGCAUUUUAGAACCGGACCUGAUCCACUGGCGCGGCUAUUAA